UAUUUUUUCUGUUCCUUUUCAGUCCUAUUGAGUUUUAUCUUCUGUAUCAGUGAUGUGAGCAGUCUGGAAAUGGCAGCCCCUUGUGAGAACUGGAUUCAGAGCUGUGUUUCCUCAGAUGAGAGUGCUGAUUCUAUGAGGAUGGAGGCUGGUGAUGCAACAUUGGCUAAUCACAACUCCAUAUUCAAGGCCUUUUCUCUACAACAGACAACUACUCCAAGGGAUCCGCUUUCACUGUCUGAUGACAAGUUUUUACCAAACAAGUUUGGCAGUUUGGAGAAAUCUUUUACAUGCUCAACAGGAAAUGCAUCAUGCAGUCCAAGUUACUACUCAGCAGAAGUUCCAUCCUCUGAGAGUUACCGGGUGUCAGGAGAAUUGAGAACAUUUGGACAAAGUGCCAAUGGACAGUGGAGGGGCUUGAUACCCACGCUGGGUUCUAUGUCACAGAAACCUAGAAUGAAUCGAAGCUUGUAUCUCGACACUCGCAAAACCCCAAGUGGAAUGUCAAAUAGUUUUGUAGGGAAGUCAAACCAUCAUUGCCCCAUAUCUGCAUAUGAAAAAACAUUUCCAAUCAAGCCGGUUACAAGUCCCUCGUGCCGUCGCAGCCUGCUGAGUCCCAAGAAAACCCAGAGGAGAUUCGUCAGCACUGCAGAAGAGACAGUUCGAGAGGAGGAGCGAGAGAUCUAUAGGCAGCUGCUUCAGAUGGUCACAGGAAAACAGUUUUCAACAUCCAAGCCAGCCACGCUUUUCUCCCUCCACCCGUCCAGAUGUUUGACUUCCAGUAAAAACGUAGUGACAGAAAUGCCGUGCAAGAAUGCAAAACCAUUCGAAACGUACAGCCUCAGUUCAGGAAGCCAGACAGCCAGUGUUCUGGGAACUCAGGAGCAGCCGUCACACAGGCCACCUCCUUCCCCUGUAUCCAGUUAUCCUGCAGAUGUUACCUUCCAGUCCAAUAAUACCAGCAUUUGGCAUCAGCAAGAUAAUCUGCCAGCCUCCAACGCACAGCCUGAAGGAUCAGACUCGGUCAUUGUGCUCAAGGUGAAAGAUUCCAGAACUUCAACUCCAAGCCUUCCCUUCUUCCAGGCAGAAUUGUGGAUCAAAGAAUUAACUAGCGUCUAUGAUUCACGAGCUCGGGAGAGAUGGCGCCGAAUAGAAAAGCAGAAAGCUUUGGCAUUGCAGCUGCAGAGCCAGAGAUUGCAGGAGCAGGAACACUCGAUACAGGAUCCCGUGGAUUUGAAUCUUCGAGUGCCUCUUGAGAAAGAGAUCCCUGUCACAGUCCUCCCCGAAGAGAGAGAGAGUGCUAAAUCAGCUGAUAACGAAGAGGAAUUCCCCGAAAUCACAGAGGAAAUGGAGAGGGAAAUCAAGAGUGUUUUUCGCAGUGGAAACCAGGAUGAGAUCUUGAGCGAAGCUUUUCGGUUAACGAUAACCCGGAAAGACAUUCAGACCCUGAACAACCUGAACUGGCUUAACGACGAGAUAAUUAAUUUCUACAUGAAUUUGCUGAUGGAGCGAAGCAAAGAAAAGGGGUUGCCAACAGUUCAUGCGUUUAAUACCUUCUUUUUUACCAAGUUAAAAACUGCUGGGUACCAAGCAGUGAAACGGUGGACAAAAAAAGUUGAUGUUUUCUCUGUGGACAUUCUCUUGGUGCCUAUUCAUCUUGGAGUCCAUUGGUGCCUAGCCGUUAUAGACUUCAGAAAGAAAACCAUCACCUAUUACGAUUCCAUGGGUGGAAUAAACAACGAAGCCUGCAGGAUACUGUUGCAGUACUUAAAACAGGAGAGCCUUGACAAAAAACGGAAAGAAUUUGACACGAACGGCUGGUUGUUACUCAGCAAGAAGAGUCAGGAAAUCCCUCAACAGAUGAAUGGCAGCGACUGCGGGAUGUUUGCCUGUAAAUACGCCGACUACAUUACCAAAGACAGACCGAUCAAUUUCACUCAGCAACACAUGCCCUACUUCCGCAAGCGGAUGGCCUGGGAGAUCCUCCAUCGCAGGCUUUUAUGAUGACCCUGUGCCAAAAGCAGGAUCCUGAAGAGAUUCUGCCAAAAGCGUCCAGACUCAUCCUGCUCAGCAAUCUCCACUCUAGCAGAUCUGGGACUUGCAUGGGUUUCCAGGCAAAGAAUCUUCAGUGGCUCAGUAGGAGGUUCUAUGAACGCCACUCAUGGACCAGUGCAUGCUGGAAGCCGUCGGAAGCACACUCGCCUUUUUUCUUGGUUUGUUUGGGGGUUUUAAAUUUGAAACCUAUUUUUAUCAAUCCGUGGGCAGCUUUGGACAUUCAAGAGACUUAUUUUCUGCUUCUAGAAUCUCUUGCUAUCAGUUUCACAGGCUGAUAGCUCUACACUUACAGGUGUCUCUAUUUCAGGGAGGGGGAAGCAAAUGUGGGUCUCAGCAUUCCCACUGUGAGCAGAAGAACUUUGCUCUCGAGCCUCGUGGUGGGUGGGUGGAACGGGGGUACUUGGAGAUGGAUGCUUUGUUAGGACUGCCCUAUAGGAAGACCUGUCAGAUGCCAGCACACAGGAAGCAGCUACUCCCUGGAUUGCCAGCACAUGGUUAUACUAGGGGUUGAUUGAAACUGAACAGAAGAAAGAAAGCCCUUUGUGCUGAUGGUCAGAAACAGUGAUUCUAACUAGGAUUCAUUGAUUUGUUGUGUCUGUCCCACUAGCGACUCCCAUAUGAACUCUGCUCUCUCUCAAAGCCAGCAUUUUCUUUUCCUAGUGACAAGCUCAGCCUAUUGUCCCCUGACAGCAGUGCACCUAAAAUCAAAACCUGCCUACUGUACCCAUGGUGCCUGGGACAGAACAGGAUGUGGCUCUUGCUUCUUGAAGAGCUGACAGGAGAAAAGCAACACGCGAUAGUUUCUUUUGAGAGCAAAUUUGUAAGCUGCCAUGAAUCAGAAGAUCCAGAGGGAUGGGUUUGUUUGGAUCUGCAGCAGCAUUUUUCUGACCAAGGAAAAUAAGAAAUCUCCUAAUUUUUAGCAUAAACUAUGGAAUUCAGGUACAAAUGCAACUUGUAGAUUAGUAUAACUGUACUAAGGAUGGUGAAUUGUUUCUUGCAUUUGUCUCUUACAAGUGUUUCCCAGCGCAACAAAGAACACACAAAUAUGUAUCUUGUUCUGCAGCUGUUCUCUUGCUUCCUCGAUUUUUAAAGUCCUACCAAGAGACAAUGGUUUUGAUUCUCACCAGUCACCUUCAUUCGUGGGCACACAUUUACAACUGAGCGGCAUGGGUGAGAAACACCCUGUAUAUGAAUUCUCCCCUCAUUGCUCGGUAACGUUUUGCCCAGGUAUAAAUGAUGACACAAGGUAUCAGGCCGCAGAUCAAGGUUAAAACGUGCUUCCAGAGGCAUCAUUUUUAGGUACUUUCAGGCUGAGAUUUUCAAAGGUCCCUAAGGGAAUUGGGUACCAAAAUCCCAUUGUUGUUCAGUGGGGAAUUUUUAGACACGUUUAAGCCUAUUGAGAGUCAAUGGGAUUUAGGCAUUUAAGUCAUGUAGAUGUUUCUGAAAACUUUUCCUUGUGUCAGACUCCUUUAGCGUCAUUUGAAAAUCCCAGCCCUUGUUUUUACUGAUGCUUUCAGCUAUCUAAUUUAUUUUGAAGCUUGGGGGUUUGUUUUUUGAGGUCAAAGGGAUGUUUGACUACAAUUUCCCAAACCGCCAAGCCUAGCUUCUCUCUCCAAUGUACGUACCUUUUUGAUUAUCAAGUAAAGAAUUCAAUAACGUGCUUUUGUAUUUUUUUUGUCUCUGAAUAGGGGUAUUUUAUACAUUUUUUUUCUGUACCUGUAUAAGCAGUAGUUUUGUACAAAAUUUCCCCCAACUAGAUUGUGUUCUUAAUAGACUGGUUUGUAACUUUCUUUGUGUGUGUUUUUAUACCAAGCUCAUUUAGUACCUUUUCUAUCUUUUACUGCAAGUAAGAGCUGAAAACUGAAACUGUAUUUUUUGUAAUGUUUCUUGUUUAAAACAGUGAAUAAAUAAAACAGGCUAUAAAA